AUGUCGCCUGCCGUCGCUCAGGACGGUGCGGGCUCGGCCGCAAAGGAUGUCAAGAAGGAAUCCGGGACUGCUCGGUUGCUAGGUUCAGGUUCUGCCGGUGUCGCAGAGCUGCUCGUUUUCCACCCGGUUGACACCAUCGCCAAGCGAUUGAUGAGCAACCAGGGAAGAAUCACGUCCGCGAGUGCGUUGAACCAGGUCAUCUUCAAGGACUAUGCCUCGGCGCCCAUCGUCCGCAAAUUCACUUCGCUGUUCCCGGGUCUUGGAUAUGCUGCCGGCUACAAGGUCCUCCAACGGAUAUACAAAUACGGCGGCCAGCCUUUCGUCCGGGACUACCUGGCAAAGCACCACGGAGCGGAUUUCGACAACGCCUUUGGAAAGGGAACUGGCAAGGCUAUCAUGCAUGCUACGGCUGGCAGUUUGAUCGGUAUCGGUGAAAUCAUUCUGCUCCCCUUGGACGUCCUGAAGAUUAAGCGACAGACCAACCCUGAAGCGUUCCGGGGUCGCGGUCUUUUCAAGAUUAUCGCUGAUGAGGGAAUGGGACUGUAUCGUGGCGCUGGUUGGACGGCGGCGCGUAACGCUCCGGGAUCUUUUGCCCUUUUCGGUGGUUCGGCCUUCGCUAAAGAAUAUGUCUUCGGGCUCAAGGAUUACAACACGGCGUCGUGGACACAGAACUUCGUGGCUUCCAUCUUCGGUGCCAGCGCUUCUCUGAUUGUGUCUGCCCCUCUUGAUGUCAUCAAGACCCGGAUCCAGAACCGCAACUUCGAGAACCCGGAAUCUGGAUUCAGGAUUGUUGCCAGCAUGGCCAAGAACGAGGGUUUCACCGCGUUCUUCAAGGGCCUGACGCCUAAGCUGCUCAUGACCGGACCCAAGUUGGUGUUCAGCUUCUGGCUGGCACAGACUUUGAUCCCGGCGUUUGGAAAGAUUGUGUAA